AUAAUUCUCAACUGGAUCGGCGCCAGUUAUCAACUAUCAGAUCGGUUAGAGCUCGGUGCGCAUUUUACGCUCGACGGCGGAGAUGGAGCUAGGUGGCAAGGCGAGGAAGGGCGCCGGCGGCCGGAGGGGCGGUGGCGGGCCUAAGAAGAGGCCGGUCUCUCGCUCCGUCAAGGCCGGGCUCCAGUUCCCGGUCGGUCGCAUCGGGCGCUAUCUUAAGAACGGCCGCUACGCGAAGCGCGUCGGCACCGGCGCUCCGGUCUACCUCGCCGCCGUGCUCGAGUACCUCGCCGCCGAGGUGUUGGAGCUGGCGGGGAACGCCGCAAGGGACAACAAGAAGAACCGGAUCAUACCGCGGCACGUGCUGUUGGCCAUCAGGAACGACGAGGAGCUAGGGAAGCUACUCGCCGGCGUCACGAUCGCCCACGGAGGGGUGCUGCCCAACAUCAACCCGGUACUGUUGCCGAAGAAAGCCGCCGGCAAGGAGCCCAAAUCGCCGGCCAAAUCCGCCGCCAAGUCACCGAAAAAGCCUUAAUUUGGUUCUUCUACAGCACCAGUUGUCUUAAUUACUUCCUCGGUAUGUGAUUUCUAUCUAAAAUUAGCCUCUCCCUUUUUUUUUUAUGGAAUUGUGGCGGAUUGCAACGCUGAUGUUAUCGAUGAAUUCAAGGGAUUCCUGCUGUGAUCUUCUUCAUUUUCUGGGAAUUUAGCAUGAAUCUAGUUGCUGUUA